AUGAAUGACCGCUCUCGAGGCAUGAACGCGAUGAGCUCGAGAAGGAGCUCUGGCUCGGCCAAGGACGAGUCGCCGUCCAGGGGCAAGACCAAGCGGCAUCAGAUAGCUGUUGCUUGCAAUGCUUGUCGUCGGAGGAAAACAAAGCGGAAGUACCAGAACCUCGAAGCCGAAUCGCGCGAUCUCCACGACCUAGUCCAGAUGUUGAUGGACCGUCCACGCCAAGAGGCGAUUUUUAUCCUCGACCACAUGCGUAGGACUCACGAUGCAUCGUCGACGCUUGCCUUCAUUAAGGACGGGGACCUACUCGCUUGNGGGCCGGAGCGCCCCCAUCCUUCCGAUACUACCACUGUCGACCAUGAAUCUGUCAGCGACAUCACCCAGAGAGUCGACCUCAUGGACGGCGGCGACGACCCGAGAGAUGCUAGUCAAGACGGCAGCGAGAGCGUUGAGCCGGCCAAUUCGUUAAAGAGACGCCUCGCCAUCUCCGACCUAGUCAACAACACCUGA